UAGAUUUGUUGUUUUGAGUGGGAAAGUUGGUUUGAGUUCGAAGAUAACUUUCUCUCCUAGUGUUAUUUUCAUAAAUCAGUCAUAAAAUAGCCAUGUUUCAGAAAAGAUGAACAAUUCCUCAGUGACUCUAAUGGUUUAAAUUUUUAAUCUAUAUUUAUAAAAACUUUUAACUUAAUAUGAAUCAAGUUUAGUAUUUUAUAUUGUGUGUUUUUUUCUCUGUUUAUUAUGGAAACGGAUACGCAAGGAAAAGAAAAUCCUAAUAUUAUGAAAGUUCCUGUCUCUCCAAGCUUCCUGAAGCCCAAGGCAAUAAGUUUGAGGAAGAAAGGCACUCGAGUAAAAUCAAAACCUUUAGUAGAAGUUGAUCUUAAUAAAAAUGACAACACCCCAUUUUUGUUAAAAUCAUCAAAAACUGCUUGUAAUCCUUUCCGCCGAAAUGAAAACAAACGCAAGAGAAAUGCAGAAAGUAUGGAUGAAGACUCAAAUUCUUUGCUUUGGAAACAGGUUAACAGAUCUCCUGAAGACACAAAUACAGUGACAAGGAACUUACCAAGUCCUAUUGUGCCUUCAUUAUUAGAUGAAUCUGCAUUAUCUGCUUUUUCUGAUAUAAACUGUGAUAGUAUAAAGAUAGAAAAGACUUUUACCAAGCCAAUAACUAAAGUUUUACCUGUUGAUUGGAGCUUAAAAACAAAAAUCAGAUUUACAUCUUCUAUGCCCUUUCCGAAUAAAGGCAGUUUUAGAACUUUUGAAGAAGUGAAUGGAACUAUUGGCUUUGUUAGAUGCUUGCAUUCUGGUGAAGCAGAAAAGUCUGAUGUUCACUCAAGUCACGGAGCUAAAGUAUUCCAGCACUGUCUUGUAUGGAUGCAUCCUAAUUUACCAUGGUUAAAUCUCUUUCCCAGAAAUGAUAACCGUGUAGGAAACAGCUUAUCUUUCAUCACACCAGCUAUGCAAGAGGCAUUGCAUUCUAAAUGGUGUGAUAGUUUUCGAUCCUUGUAUCAACUGGUACGACUUUACCAGUGUCCUUAUUUCUAUAUGUGUACCCCAACAUUUACUGUCCUGUUCCGAUGUUCAGGAUCUGCAUCAAUUCCUGUACUACAUGCACUCAUCAGUCCCACUACCAAAGGAUUUAGGAAAGCUCUUCGAGAAGAAGGUAUAACAUUCACAAUGCCUCUUUGUCAAAAUAAAGAUCCAGACCAUUCUCUUGAAGAAACAGUAGAUGAAGAUAUAAGUACUCUGAGUCCUCCAACUUCAGUUGAAAAUGAAGAUGAGCUUGAUGAAACAGUGGAAGAUGAGGAACCAGAGUCAUGGCUAGAAAGCUUGGGUGUUAGUCAAGACGAUUUUAUAAACAAGAAAAAAAGACGGAAAGAUCCUGCUUACCAUAUUGACCACAAGACUGAAUCUCUGGUAUAUGUGGAGGAUUUGGAAACUCAAGCUCUAGUUAAUUUCCUGUUGAAUUCUAAUUUUUGUACAUCUAAAAUUGGACCCAUGGCUGGUGUCCCUCCUACCCUUUUAGCACCCACAGCUUUCUUGGGUGGUACUCUGCAAUCUUUACAGCUUCGCCAUGGUAAGGUAAAGAAAGGUGGUGAAGAACUUCACUCAAUGGAAGUGAGUGGACCUUUGCUUCCAAAUUCUGUCCAUUCAUUGUGCUCCUUGUUCAGUAGUACCCAGGAAGGAGGAUUCUCUGCUGUUUUAACUUCCCAUGCCCCUACAACGUCCUUCUCUCUCGUCAAUCCCCAGUCUCCCAUGUUACCUUGCAUCUUUGCUAAGAAUAAUAUGACUGAUUGUGGACUGCCCCAACCUUUCCUGCAAGAAAUGUGCUGCACAUCAGACAAAACUCCCCUCAAUACCAUUGUUCUUGAAAAUGGUUUCUUUAUCUGCAAUCAAUCAUAGUUAAUUCAAUAUUUAAGAUGAUUAAUGGGACAAUGUAUACUGACAGCUAAGCAAUGUUUAUAUCGGGUAUAGUAAAGCAAUCAGUUGGAUGUAUUUACUUGUUUUCUCAAAGAGAAAAACUUAUCAUUCUCAUACUGCCUUUGCUAUCCUAAUGUAAAUUCAGCUUGUGAAUAUUAAGUUCUAAUAAUAAUUUUUAAAAGUAAUUUUGAACUGAUAUUUUAAAUUUUAAGGGAGGGAGGGUGAUAGAUUUUCUAUAUGAAAUCCUUUUAUUUUCAUUCUGCAUUGUCAUAAUCAUCAUGUUCUACAUUGCUAAUCAUAUUGUUGGAUUACAUUUUUCCGAGAGAUACAAAACAUUUGAUAAUUUUAUAAAAAUUUUCUGACACUUUAAAUUGAAUAGCUUUUAAAGAAACAAAAUUAAGUUAGAGCAUAAAAUUACCUUUCUUUGGUAAAUUGUUAUACUUGUCCAUUAAUUUAUUAAUCAUUUCUAAAAGUUGAUAGUUUACCAAAAAAGUAAUUUUUGUUAAAUAACCAUUGGGAGAAUGCCUUUAAAUAGAAUA